CGAAAGUCCACGAAAAUGAAGGGGCUAUUAGCUGUAGUGUUCCUGGUGGGUGUGGCAGCGGAGCCCCCAGCCCCGUACCCGCCGAGCGGCUGGCGACCCAGCGGACCCGCCUUCGAACUUCCACAGAACGGACAACAGUCUCAACAAUACCUGCCGCCUCUGGACCCUCGGAAUCCAGCUGUCCCAGGCGUGGACUACGGAACACCUGACGUGUCAGUCCAAGGUCUCCCCACGCAAGAGCAGCAGCCAAUCUUCCAAGGGUCACCCGUCCAUGGACAGCCUUCUCAGGGACCUGGCUUCCAAUCCGACAUCAGGAACUUAGACCAAAGUCUUCAGCAGAAUCAGUACCAACAACAACAAGAAAUCUACCGUCAGUUCCAAAAACAGAAGCAGCUAGAAGCCGCCCAGGCCAAAAGCAAAGGAAACAGUCUCCCAUCACCCAAAGCUCCAAGGCCUUUCGCUCGCACCACUCCUGCACCUUCCACCACAGCAAAAGCUGAGCCCACCACCGAGGCGCCAGCAUCUCAAGUCACUGAGGCUAAUCUGAACGAGCGCGAGAUCUUGGAAGACGAUGGUCCUUCAGCUGAACUUAAGCAAAGAACAUCAGUGGAAGUAUCUAAGCAAAACAUCCAACAAUACCCUGGAGAAUUCUACCUGAGUUCUCUAGCCCAGUUGCAGUUGCAGCCCCAGUUCGUUCCUCUUCAGCAAAUCAGGAACUCCUACCUUCAACCCAUCCAGGCUGAGAAGCAGGUUGGUUUCGAUGGACCAGCUCAUUUCGCUGCCCUGCCUUCAGUUUUGGCGCAACAGCAAGCGAGUCCUCAGCCGUUACCCCAAAGUCCUGCUUUAUUGAUCGGUGAACAAGCACCAAAUCCUGGCUUCAUCGUGCAGCAACCCUUAGCUCAGCACCAACCUGCUGCCGCUUAUCAACCCGUACAAGCUCAGUACCAACCUGCGGUACAGCCCCAGGCGGCCCAACCAGAAUAUUUACAAACAAAUCCUGAUGCGGUAGCAGUCCAACCUGUACAGCAGUACCAACCAGUUGCUUACCAACCUCAGGUGGCACCUUUACCUCAAAUCCAAGUGCAACCUGUUGUUUUGCAACCUCAGUCCGCGCCUCAACCCCAGGGUAAAGAUCGCGAAGAAAUCGAGAACCAAGGUGACAACUCUGAGUUUCAAGCCCAGCAAGUUUAUCAGCAACCGCAGCAGGUUUACCAACAACCGCAACAAGUAUAUCAACAGCCUCAACAAGUAUAUCAACAGCCUCAACAAGUCUACCAACAGCCCGAACAAGUCUACCAACAGCCUCAACAAGUAUUCCAACAACCCGAGCAAGUAUAUCAACAACCCCAGCAGUUUUACCAACAACCAAUCAUCGUAUCUCAAAACCAGGCUCCUCAGCAGCUUUACCCAGCCCCGUUAAACAAUCAGGGCGAAGUCUACGAGGGUCAAUUUCAACCCCAAAUAAUUCCGGGUGCUCAGCCUCAGAAUUUCCAAGGUCAAGACGCUUUGCAGAGUGGUUUGGAUGCUAACCAAGAGGGAAACGACAUAGACCAGGCCGAAGAACAGGAGUCGGAAGAAGAUGACGAAGGCACCAGGAGUACAGCCGUAGCAACAGUAUUUGGUGCGAGGACGCAGCCGCGCGUAUUCACGCAAUACGGGGCUCCGUUCCCAGUGCCGAGGGUUCAAGCUAAACCUAGCUUCACCACUACAGAAUCACCAGUUGAGGAGGUGACAGAAGAAGGUCCAGCCAUUGCUCAGGCUGUAGCUGUUGCCAGCAGGCAGAAAAACGCAAAACUCAGGAGGAACCGCAUUCGACCAGUCUUCACAGUGGACCGAUCUGGACAUUUAGUCCUCGCUCCUGGACAAUAAAUGACAACAUAUCCAAUAUCACACAGAAACUUUCUCCAAAAAGUAUAUGCUAAUGUUGCGUUGAUUUAGGAUGAAUCGUAUUUAUUUUCUAUGCGCGGUGUUUCCGCUCUGCAUAGCUGUGGAUUUAUAACCGCCAUUUUCAAAAAAAGAUCCCAACCGCUUUUCGAUCUAUUUCAAAAAUGGACCAAUCAGAACAAAGUAUUUCUGACAUGCUUGCAAAUGAGUUAUUUUGAUUGGUUCAUUCUCGGAAUCGAAUUUCAGAUUGUGAUCGUUUAUUGUAAACGGUUGUAAAUGAUACAGAGUCAUAGUUUAGCCCCAUUUAGACGGAUCAAUUAUUGCUAAUAAUCGUACGCAAUUAUUGCUUUAAAAAUUGCCUCGUCUAAACAUGUGUAAUGGCGAAGCCAUUCUCGUUCGCCUUAACGACUAACAGAUAUUAAAAAAAAUGAUCAAUUGUUAGCAAUAAUUCCUCCGUCUAAAUGAGACUUAAAUAUAUAGCAGAAUCGAUGCAACUCUAUUCGGUUAGAGUGAAUGGCUAAUUAACCUAAAAACAUUUUUUUCGAAAAUGUUUAAUUUAAAAAACAUAGAAAAAUUGCUGAUUUUAAAUAUGUAUGAAACUUGUGUCACUAAAAAAUUUGGCUUAAGACAAUUAGCCUUUCCACCGCCAAAAUAAUAUAAAUAAACAACCCUAAUCGCUAUCUUCGUAAAAAUGAACCAAUAAGAAUAGUUCGACAUGCUUACGGAUGAGUCUGAUUGGUUUAUUUUUAGGAUCAAUCCGUAGUUAGCGAUUAUGAUGGUUUAUAGUAUCUGUCCGUAAUAAAAUCAGUAAAUAACCUUUGUCAAUGUUUAUCACCUUUACUCUGUAAUUGAUGUCUUAAGAGGUUUAAUAUAAAAUGUGAACGUAACUUGGGACCUGAAUUUACUACUAGUUGACCAAUUAAGUUUCUUACAAGCAAUCAUCAAAUAUAAUGAAGUUUGAGGUCAAAAUUCGUUACUUCUAUUUACGUCAAACUUAAUUGUUGUUAAGUUAUUUGAACGUGGCAAACUCAAAAUAAAGAAAUUAAAGUUUUCAGCAAUAAAUAUCACAUAUUAAGUUAUAGGUUACAAUACUCAGCACUGAAUAUUUCAAUGGUUUUUAGAAAGAGAUAGGUGCUUAGCUUCGGGUUUAUAGAGCACUCUUUCACUCCCUAAAUGACAUUGUGUUACUAAUUUGCUUCUCUUUCUUUAUCUACAAAUUUACUGCCGCGUACUGUAGUUAUGAGACAUUGUGUUCUUUAUUUAUUUUCGCCUUUAAUCUAACUAUAUUUAUUUUCAUGAAGGUUUUUCCUAACAGCUUAUUUAAGUUGUGAAUAAAGAAUUAUAUUUAA